ACCAAGCAGUACAUGUACAGUACACCUGUGCGCGUGUCGCCAUGUAGUUUGAACGUCGGUUAUGUUAAUGGUAGAAAUUCAUCAGUUUUUGGACAAAAAGUAGCUUCUUUCUUUCCCAAAGCGAGAAAAAAUUUGCACAUUGCAACAUUUCCAACUGCAUGGAAAAAGAGGUGUGAUUCUUAUUUUCAUGUCACUGAAAAUGCGAAUGCAAGAGGCGAGGACGGCACAACGAGUGAUUGUAUAUUGACAGUAUAUGUCAUGCAUUGUGCGCCCACGAUAAACGGUAGCUGUUGAAUGGCAACAUCACUGGCGGCUCUGGAACGCUUACCGUCUGAAUGCCUCGGUUGCCGCCGAGUGAUUGACCGGUAGUGACGGCGAUGCCGCCGCUGUUUACUGGCAGCACGGAUGGGGGAACAUCGCUAAGCUCUGGCGACGCCAUGGAACAACUCAGAGCAGUAACACCACACCAUCCUGCAAGAAACUGCAGGAUUUUAACGCGAAGCAUGUCUUCUGCUGUUGUCAUCUUAUAUCGUGUCACACUGCUGUGCAUGGUCUUCGGCUUGGCGAGUGGACAAGGAUAUGAAACAGAUUUUGUAUUCACCGUUGACGAGGGACAACCGCCGGGAUUCUCAGUUGGAACGGUAUCUACAGAACCUGGGUACACUUACAAAUUCAGUGAUGCCCCAGCGGAAUUCACAAUAAAUGGAGUUAGUGGAGAAAUACAAACUGCAAUACAAAUAGACAGAGAAGUGCUUCAAAAUGAUGUGUUUGAUAUUUUGGUGCUAGCCAAGAAUAAUGUAACUUUGAGAACUAAACCCAUUGAAGUGAGGAUUACUGUUGCCGAUUUGAACGACAACUCACCAUCUUUUCCAGAGACAGACAUUUCAGUAUCAUUCACUGAAAAUGGACGUGCUGGGACAACAGUCAUUCUUGAAUCAGCCACAGAUCCAGAUAAGGCAGACAAUGGCAGCAUUGUGGAGUACUCCAUCUGGGAGGGGAACUCAGAAAAUGCGUUUCGUUUAGUGACUAUUCCAGGCCCAGAUGGCUUGCCAAUAUAUAUCAAUCUGGAGACAACCCUUUCACUGGAUCAUGAAGUGCAGGAUUUCUACCAGCUCACGAUAGCUGCCAGAGAUAAUGGUUCACCCCCACGGUUUGGUUUUGUGCAUUUGAACAUCACUGUUCUGGACAUCAAUGAUAAUCCACCGAUUUUUGACCAGAGUGAAUUUGUUAUCAAUGUCAAUGAAAGCACCCCGGCAGGCACUAAACUACUUGAGGUCCAUGCCACAGAUGGCGACUCGGGCAUCAAUGGUGAGGUGGAGUACUUCAUUGAAGAGGAAACAUCCAAUUUCAAUGUUGAGCCUGUCUCUGGAAAUGUCACCCUUCAACAGAAACUUAACUACAUCAGCAGUGAUCCCUACCAAGUGACCAUCAAGGCUCGCGAUAAGGGCGUACCAACACUGUAUGGACGUGCUUUUCUGUCCGUUUAUGUCAUCGAUGAGAAUGACCAUGAUCCACAGAUAACUUUCAGCUAUAUCCCUCAAUCUGAAAGCUUUGCCACUGUCUCAGAAGGAAGUGCAACAGGUACCCUCCUAGCUUUGGUGACAGUUACUGAUGAAGAUCUUGCAGAAAACGGUGAAGUCAACCUGCAAAUAAUUUCUGGAAAUGAACUGGAUCAUUUUAUGUUAGAUACGGUACAGUUUCCUACCCAAACCCAGACAAAAGUCUUCAAGAUACUUGUUGUUGGAGAUCUAGAUCGUGAAAACAUUCCUCAGUACAAUCUCACACUUUUGGCUUGGGAUAACGGAUUUCCUCGUCGACAGACUAUUGGCAGUCUACUGAUCCAUGUGGUUGAUACCAAUGAUCACUCUCCGGAGUUCCAAGAGUCCGAGUACACUGCAAGCUUGAGUGAAGGCCAACCUAUUGGCAGUUUCGUUCAGAGUGUGACAGCUACAGAUGCAGAUUUUGGUCUCAAUGCCAUGGUCGUGUACUCCAUCACUUCAGGAAAUUCUCUGGAUUGGUUUGAGAUAAACCCGGACACAGGACUCGUUACUACCAAGGCAUUGCUGGAUCGUGAAGUUUCAUCUGUGGUUGAACUGAACAUUUCAGCCACCGACCAAGGCCCGCAACCACGUACGUCAGGAACAACACUGACAGUUAUCAUACUUGAUGUGAAUGAUGAAGCCCCAGAAUUUUCAAGUUCUGGGUACACUGCCUCUGUCCCUGAAAAUUUAAAUGCUGGAUUUGAAGUUCUAAGUGUGACAGCCACAGAUGGAGACCUAGGAUCAAGUGGCUUUGUACACUAUGCAUUUACUGAUGAUGUCACACACCAGAACCCUGGAAUAUUUUCAAUAGACAUGAACACUGGCACAAUUUUCACAGAAGCUGUAUUAGAUCAUGAGGCAAUAUCUGAGUAUGAUCUUCAAGUUCGGGCUUUUGACUCUGGUACUCCUCCUCAAGAGUCAGUUGUCAGUGUACACAUUGAUGUUGUGGAUGAAAAUGACAACAUUCCAAUUUUCUACCCCCAGACCUACCUUGUAACUGUGCGUGAAAACGGACCACCUGUGAGUUCAGUUGAGCGGGUUACUGCUACAGACCGCGACAGUGGCAACUAUGGAACUGUUACUUACUCCAUUGUCAGUGGUAACAUAGCUGGGAAGUUUGAUGUUGUUGGUGCAACCGGUGAAGUGAUGACUGUGGCCUCUUUAGAUCGUGAACAACAGUCAGCCUACACGCUCUUCAUCAAUGCAACCGAUGGUGGGGGCCGCAUGGCAGAAAUUUCGGCUGAAGUACACAUCACCGUAGGGGACAUCCAAGACAACCCUCCAGUAUUUGAUCAGUCAGUUUAUGAAUUUGAAAUUUACGAGAAUGUCAAUGCCAGUUCAUAUGUGGGCAGUGUCACAGCAUCCAGCCAGGACUUGAAUGCACAGAUAAUGUACAUCCUCUUCUCUGGUGAUCCAAUGAGUCAAUUUGAAAUAGACAGGAACACUGGCGUGAUUCGUACUACUGGUCAAGUUGACCGGGAAGUGACACCAGCAUACGAACUGACUGUGUAUGCUAGUGUGGGAAACCUGAUCGGCAGCACCACUGUGAAUAUCCAGAUUCUUGAUGUUAAUGACAAUGAUCCACAAUUUCCACUUUCCAGAGACACGACUGAUGUUGUUGAGAAUUGGGAGGUUGGCCGACACUUUUAUCGUGUUCAAGCUACUGACGCAGAUAGCCCUCCAAAUGGAGAUGUUGUCUACAAUAUCAUUCAAAAUCCUGGCGAAACAUUUGGAAUAAAUCACACCACUGGAUGGAUGUUUCUGAACAAAGAUUUACAAGUCUCUUCUCAAGAUGAAUAUUCAGUCAAGAUUAAUGCAUCUGAUCUUGGCAAUCCAAGCCGUUCAGCAACCCUUGAGCUUAUUGUGUCAGUCAGAGAUGUAAACAACCACGCUCCAGAAUUUGCUGCCCAGCAUUUCGAGACAUCCAUCAGUGAAACAACGGAGGUGAACUAUCGCUUCUUUAGCCUGACUGCAACUGAUCGUGACCAAGGGACUAAUGGUCUGAUCUCAUACAGCAUCUUGAGUGGCAAUGAACGAGAUUCCUUUGGUGUUUUUCCCAAUGGUGAAGUUUAUGUUAAAAACGCCUUGGACCGAGAAGACAUAAGUGAGUACGCGCUUCGUGUAGAGGCACGAGACAGCGGUAUUCCAUCACGUUCAGCAUCUACAGAACUGGUGGUUGAAAUUCUUGAUGAAAAUGACAAUCGGCCGUUCUUUGAAAAUUCCAGUUACACCUUUUAUCUGCAAGAGGGAUCUGCUUUGAACACCGUUGUCGGAACUUUAGUGGCCACUGAUGCGGACUUAGGUGAAAAUGCCCAGCUCACCUACUCUUUUGUUGGGAAUCAGACACAGUUUUCACUGGACCGAAACACUGGUGUUAUCACAAAUUUGGUUGGAUUUAAUCGUGAAGCAGAAAAUGGUCAGUCAAGCUUCACAUUUGAAGCAGUGGUGAGAGAUGGGGGUGCCAUUCCCUUCCAAGAUCGUACCUCCAUCACAGUGGUUAUCUCUGACAUCAACGACAAUGCUCCUGUAUUUUCUCGUUCAUCCUACCAAGUGACAAUAUCGGAACUGGCUGAGAAUGGCACCCAUGUCCUGCGAGUGACAGCUUCCGAUGCUGAUUCCGGUGACAAUUCGUACAUUGUGUACAGCAUCAUGAGCGGUAAUUCGGAGAAGAAAUUCCAGAUUGGUCGGACCAAUGGACAGAUUACACUUGUUGGGUCUCUAGACAGGGAAACAACUUCAGAAUAUCCACUCACCAUCAAAGCACAGGAUGCAGGCAGUAAUCCCCAGCAUAGCCUGGCAGAGGUUCUGGUGCAGGUCUUGGAUGAGAAUGAUCACAUGCCGGUUUUCACUCAUGUUGAGGCUGAACUGGAGGUGAUGGAAUGUCUUGCAAUUGGUCAACCCAUUACCAUGGUUUCUGCUACAGACGCUGACAUUGGGGAAAAUGGACUGAUCUCCUACAGCAUUACAGGUGGCGAUGUGCACAAAGUAUUUCGUAUUGAUCCAGACACUGGUGCCAUUACUCUCUCUAAAUUACUUGAUCACGAGACCAGGUCUAGUUACACUUUGAACAUCACUGCAAGAGACUCUGGUGUGCCUCAGCAGACAUCGGUGACAUCUAUUUUAGUUAGCGUGCGCGAUUGCAAUGACAAUUCCCCUGUGUUCCCACAACAUUCAGUUGUUAAAUGGAUAGAUGAGGAAGUUCCUCUCAACACGCUUGUCACAACUGUGUCAGCAUCAGACCCUGACUCUGGAAUUAAUGGAGAAGUACGCUAUUCUAUACUGAGCCAGGAACCAGAAGGUGAACAUUUCAGUAUCGAUCCAGGGACUGGCAGCAUUUUCACAAAUGCCCGCAUUGACUAUGAGUACCUCAAGGUGCACAACAGUUUUUUCAGACUCGUUGUGAAAGCCAGUGACCAGGCACUGCCACAGGAAAGUCGACGCUCAGCGACGACCGAAGUCGUGAUCUUCGUGCGUAACAUUAAUGACAAUGUUCCAGUAUUUCAGACACACAAUGCCGUGGUAAUUUCCCGCAGUGCGGCAGAGGGAACUGUUGUUACCACAGUGAAAGCCGAAGAUGCGGACGAUGAAGACAGUGCAAACGUCACUUACUUUAUUGUAAAUCGCAGCGUUCCAUUUGAAAUUAACACAGCUUCCGGGGAAGUUACCGUCACUGGACGUGGCUUUGAACCUAACGUCCACUUGUACAGUGUCCGUAUUCAUGCUUCUGACAGUCAGCUUGCCUCAAACUAUACCUCGCUUGUGCUGAACAUUCUGGUUCUGGGGGAAUCAAACAAUGGACCCACUUUUACCCGCGGCGCUUACUCUGGAAGUGUAUCAGAAAAUCAGGAAGAAGGAACAGAGGUGGUGUCCGUAAGCGCUGGAUUCAGCAGCGACCCGGAUGCCAACAUCGACUACUUUAUCACUUCAGUCGUCGCAGGUGGCAUAUCCAGAGAUGGAGACUUCCGGAUGAAUCCAUCUGGUGUCAUUUCAACUGGGGUGGUGCUGGAUAGAGAGAUGCUUGGCCAAGAUGCAGUGUAUGUGGUCACAGUCUAUGCCAUCAGUGGAACUUCAGCAUACAAUAGCACCCAGGUCCACAUAACUGUCCUGGACGAGAAUGACAGCCCACCAACCUUUGCCCGCCCUGUCUACCAAGUCAACAUAUCAGAGGAAGCCCGGAGUGGCUCCCCUGUCACACGGCUUAUGGCCCAUGAUGCGGACACGGGCUCCAAUGCCCAGAUAUCCUAUAGCAUCGUUAGUGGUAAUGAUGGCCGCUUCACCAUUGACAGAGACACUGGCCAGAUCUGGACCAGUGGACAGCUGGAUCGGGAGACGGUGGCCACUUACACACUGGGGGUGCGAGCCAGUGAUGGCCGGCAGUUCCAGACUGCAACGCUGGAGGUCAGCGUCCAGGACACCAAUGACAACGACCCUGCAUUCACCGAGUCCACUUAUUCAUUUAGUGUGCUGGAGAAUCAUGCUGUUGGGACGGUCCUGGAUGCAGUAACAGCAACUGACCCAGAUGCUGGGACCAAUGGCGAAGUGGUUUACUCUAUUGUUGCUGAAGGAGCACCAGGAGAAGACAUCUUUAGUCUGGACUCCCUGACAGGAGAGUUCACCCUUUUGACAGAACUUGAUUUUGAAGAGAAGCAAGUGUACUUUCUGACUGUUCGUGCCAAUGACAGAGGCACCGUUCCACGUUCCACCACUGCUUCUGUUUACUUCAGUAUCCUGGAUGUCAAUGACAACGAGCCAGUCUUCAAUCCCACAAGUUACUGGGUUGAAGUUGCUGAAGAUGUUGCUGUGGGGACAGAAAUUGUCAUGGUAACAGCCACUGAUGCUGACUCAGGUUCCAAUGCUGAGAUAGUGUUCACCAUCUCCUCGGGUGAUCCCACCAGUCGUUUCACCAUCUACCCCAAUGGGAGCCUCUCCACAAUCAUAGGUCUUGAUCGUGAAAUGCAGUCCUUCUACAAUCUUGAGAUCACUGCCACCGACCAAGCUGCCGACCUCGUCCAGCAGAAGUCCACCACGGCCCAGGUCACCGUCAUCGUUUUAGACAUAAAUGACAAUGCCCCAGUCUUCACCACGGGGAACCAUGUCUCCGUGCGGGAGGACACCUCCCGUGGAGAUGUGGUGAUGUUUGUCCAUGCAGUUGACGCUGAUGUGGAGAAGAAUAGCUACAUCGCUUACUCCCUGUCGCCGGUCCCCGGAAAUGUGUUCUUGAUCAACUCAGUGGAUGGUAACAUCCGCUUGUUGAAUGAUCUGGAUCGAGAGAGUGUCCCUGAGUAUACCAUCACCGUCCAUGCUACGGACAAAGGUCAACCGGCUCAGUCCUCCUCCAUGGACAUUGUAAUUGAGGUGCUGGACAUCAACGACAACAACCCCAUCUUUGUGUUGGACUCCUACCAUUCCUCUCUCCCAGAAGAUGUUCCAGUUGGCUUGGAAUUCCUGCAAGUGAGCGCAACUGAUGCAGAUGAAGGAAUCAAUGCAGAACUUCGGUUCUCCAUCUUUAAUGGCAAUUAUGACUCGGACUUCACCAUCGAUCCAACCUCUGGGGUCCUGUCUGUGGCAAACCCUCUUGAUCGCGAGCGCCGCUUGUCCUAUUCCUUGGUUGUCCGGGCUCAGGACAGCGGGGAUGGGUUACGGAUUGCAUCCACCACCGUCACCAUCACUGUCCAAGACAUCAAUGACAAUGCACCAGAGUUCCUAACUCCCUACACCCCAAGAAUCCAAGAGAACAACCAACUGGGAGCUCUCGUCACCCAAGUAUCUGCCACUGAUGAAGACGAGGGGACCAAUGGCCGGUUGACAUACAGCAUUGAGGGCAAUAGCUAUGAUGGCCUCUUCACCAUUGUACCUGACUCAGGGGAGAUUCAUGUGGCCAGAUCAUUAGACCGUGAGGUGGAGGACAGCUAUGCACUCAAAAUUGUUGCCGAAGAUGCAGGGAGUCCGCCUCGUCAGGGUUCUACUGACAUUGUCAUCACGGUGACUGAUGACAAUGACAAUCCCCCACAGUUUGAACUGCCCAGCUACACUGUGACCUUACAGGAGGAAGUAGGCUCUAACACUCCAGUCCUCCAAGUCAGUGCUACUGAUGCUGACUCCACGGCAGAUUUGAGAUACAGACUGGACUCUGCCAUUGGGAACAAGUUCACAAUCAAUCCAAUCUCGGGGCAGAUCCUGACCACGUCUGGCCGAUUAGACAGAGAAGAACAAGCCAACUAUUUCAUCACUGUCACUGUGGAGGAUGGCGGCACCUGGACAAGACAGACUACUGUCAGAGUCAACCUUCAGGACAUCAAUGACAAUGCCCCACGUUUUGUGAUUCAGAGCUAUCAAGCCCUGCUGCCUGCAACCACUCCAGCAGGUGCAAUUGUACUGGGUGUUGAGGCCCAGGAUGCUGACAUCGGUGACAACGCAGUGCUGACUUAUUCCAUCACCAGUGGUGACACAAAUAAAUUUGCAAUAGAUGCCAGUACUGGUGUCAUCACAACAGCACAGGCCCUGACCUUGGAGAGUACAGCUUACAUUCUUGAGGUGUCCGUAUCUGAUAGCAGUCCAACCCAUGCAGCUGCCACAGCGAUGGUGCAAGUCACAUUCAGUACAUCAAGCCAAUUCCCAUCGUUUCAGAGUCCAUCAAGCGGCACUGUGUACCAAUUUGAUGAGGAUGUAGCAAAUGGCACAGAGGUGGUGACUCUGCAAGCGUCCAGUCCGAAGACUGGACCAGAGGGAACUGUGACCUACCACAUAACGGGAGGGAACAUAGAGAACAGAUUUGACUUAGAUGCUCAGAGUGGUUUGCUGACUAUUGCUAGGGGUUUAGAUUAUGAGGUCAACCAGCAUUAUUCACUCCUGCUUGAAGCACGUGAUGGCAGCAGCCCACCUUUAACCACUUCAAUACAGAUCGUGGUAAACGUGAAUGACGUAAAUGAUAAUUUCCCAGUUUUUGAUUUGGCAAAAUACAGCGGCAGAGUGAUAGAAGGCCAGCCAGCUGGAACCAGUGUCAUACAAGUUCAGGCGACAGAUGCGGACAGCGGGACUUUCGGCAAUAUCCAAUAUGCUCUGCGGUUUGAUGGCAAUACCAACAACAACUUCCGCAUUGACCCUGCCUCCGGAUGGCUGGAGACGAACAGAGGCCUCGAUCGUGAGACAGUGCCUGAGUACACGUUGAUGGUACAGGCUCAGGACCAAGGUAGCCCUGCCAAAACCACAGUGGUAACAGUGCAUGUUACUGUCGAGGAUAUCAAUGACAGUCCUGUCAGCUUUACCAAUUUGUUCAGUGCAACAGUACCUGAGAACUCACCUGUCAAUACCAGAGUGGUUACCAUAACAACUACUGAUCCAGACACUGUGAAGAAUGUUGAAUAUGCAAUAACUGAUGGUGGAGGCAGUUUGUUUGCCAUUGAUCCAGUUACAGGGCAGAUACGAGUCAAUGGGACCCUAGACAGAGAGGCGACAAGUCAGUAUCAGCUUGAUGUCUCGGCAGAUGAUGGGUCUUACAGAAAGGACACCACUGUGACCAUUACCAUAUCUGAUGUCAAUGACAAUGCACCAGCAUUCCUUCAGCCAUCGUACAGUGUCAGCCUUCCCGAAGGGUUACCAGCAGGAUCUGCUGCUGCGCAAGUCAGCGCGCAAGACCUGGAUGCCGGAGUUAACCAGGAUGUUUUCUAUACCAUGAAAACCAUGUCUGACCAUUUCAUCAUUAAUGAAGACACAGGUUACAUCACCAUCAGUACCCCAGUGGACUACAUCCAGCCUGUUGGCUCCUCAGAUCCCAAUGUGUACCACCUCCAAGUGCUGGCUAGGGACCUAGGAGUACCUUCACUGUACUCUGAAGUCCAGGUCACUGUGACCAUCUACGAUGCCAACGAGUAUCCCCCAGUCUUCGAGGAGACUGACUAUUUCUCUCCUGUGCCAUCCAAUACUGCCGUGGACACCUCCAUUCUCCAGGUUGUUGCCACAGAGAGCUCAGACCAGGGACAGAAUGCCCAGAUCCAGUAUACAAUCAUUGGAGGUAAUGGCUCAUCCCGCUUUGACAUUGAUCAGGAUUCAGGCUGGAUUAAAGUCAAAUUGAGUCUCCAAUCUGACAUAGGAAACUAUUAUGACAUCAUAGUUGAGGCAGAGGACCAGGGGCGACCAGCACCACUAAGUACACAAGUCAAUGUACAGCUUCUUGUCACUGGUAGCAAUGACAAUACUCCAGCAUUUGACCAAUCAAGCUAUGUGGCUUCAGUGGUUGAAGACUUGCCAGUAGGGUCAGAGGUUACCGUUGUAACUGCUAAUGAUGGAGACACAGGUGUGAAUGGAAGGCUUUCCUACUCCAUCAUCGGUGGUAAUGAAGCUGGUCUGUUUGCUAUAGGAGAGGACACAGGAUCAGUCACAGUGGCUAAAGCUCUUGACUAUGAGGAAUUCACAUCACACACCAUCCAGAUCAAGGCAAGGGAUCAGGGAUGGCAGAGCAAGGAAGGCAACACCAUUCUCACAGUCAAUCUCUUGGACGUGGAUGACAACCCUCCGAUCUUCAAUCCAAAUCAGUACAGACCUCAAGUGGCAGAGAACUCUCCGAGUGGAACAUACGUCACAACAGUUACAGCCACAGAUGCAGAUAGUAGCAUAAAUGCCGAAUUCACUUACGACAUCAUUGGGGGUGAUGGCGAGGACUCCUUCACCAUCAAUCGCAACACUGGAGUGAUUCGCACUCAGGGUGAGUUGGAUUUUGAGAGAGGUUUGACUGUCUUCCAACUGUCUGUUGUGGCUGCCAAUGAGGAUACAACCAUGGUUGGCAGGGCCCACGUCACAGUUGAGCUGACAGGAGUGAAUGAGUUCUAUCCCCAGUUUGGCCAGCCGUCUUACCAGUUCUCUGUCAGCGAGGCUGCAGCCGACAGACAAGUGGUGGGGAUGGUUUAUGCCAGUGAUGCAGAUCAUGGACCGGAUGGACAGGUCCAGUACCUUCUUAUCGGUGCCAGCAAUCGUAAGGGUUUUGCCAUUGAGCCCCACAGUGGGGAGAUCAUUGUCUCCUGGGCAAAUGGACGGCUUGACAGGGAGACCGAGGACACCGUCUUGCUGUCAGUGCUUGCCAGGAACAAUGAACCAAUCACGGGAGACAAUGUGGAUGAAGUCCAGGUCACUGUUACCAUACUUGAUGCAAAUGAUCCUCCACAAUUUGUAGAUGAUCUCUACCAAGCCAGGGUUAGUGAAGUUGAUGGAGUUGGAACUUAUGUCACCACAGUCACGGCUGUUGAAUACGACCAGAACAAUAACUUUCGGCAGUUCUCUUACGCAAUUGUUGACGGAAAUCAACUUAGCGCAUUUGAGAUAGAUGCAGUUUCUGGAAUAAUCACUGUUGCUUCAACACUUGAUCGGGAGACUGUAGCAACAUACAGGCUGCAAGUUGGUGCCAUUGACACUGGUGUGCCACCCAAAACAGGCUACACAGAAGUAGUUGUUGAUGUAGAUGAUGUCAACGAUAACGGCCCGAUAUUUCUUCCCGGAAAUGACGUGGGCUAUAUUUCUGAAAAUGAAGCCAGCAACACUGUUGUCAUGACAUUGAAUGCCACUGAUCCAGAUCUCAACUCCAACCCUGCUCUGUUCACGUUCAUCCUGGUCCCCAAUGCUGACAGUCCAUCUUUCACACUGGAAUCCGGCACUAAUGUCCUGCGAACAACUCGUACCCUGGAUCGAGAGGUCAAGAGUGACUAUUAUCUCUCCAUUGAAAGUCGAGACGGUGGCAUGCCAGAGAUGACGGCUGUAUCAACCAUCCAUAUCAUUGUGGUGGACCAGAAUGAUAAUCCUUCUUCUGAACGUGAUGCACGCAUUGAGGUCAAAGCCUAUCAAUCUGUGUUCCCUGGUGGCUCUCUUGGAGUUGUCAGACCCAUCGAUCUUGAUACCGGCGAUGUCUUUGUUUGUCAGAUUGUUAGUGGAGACUUGAACAUAUUUUCUUUGCAGCCCGGUUGUGUCCUCAACUCCAGAAUGCAUUCCACAGAAUCUGACUAUGAUUUGGUGAUCUCUGGAAAUGAUGGUCAACAUUCAAGUGUCACUUCAAAUUUUGAUGUCUCCUUCAGAGCCUUCAACAAUGCCUCACUUACUGAUAGCAUCGCCAUCCGACUUUCUGAUGUUGUGCCCGAGACUUUCCUGUCAAACCACUUUGAUCGCUUCUCCGCCUCUGUGUCCUCAUACCUCAGUACUCGAGAGACACUGCUCAUUUUGAGUUUGAACAAUGUCGAGGACGAUGCCACCAAGAUGGACUUAAUCCUAGCCAUCAAAAGAGAUUCAGUGUACUUGGCUCGUGAAGAGGUAGCCAAGCUGAUCACUGACCACAAAUCAACAAUUACUAGUCAAUCAGGAGUAAGCAUUGAAGAAGUAGACUAUUCCCCUUGCUCGCCUAACCCUUGCAGAAAUUCUGGAACAUGUCAAGAUCGCAUUGAACUGAGGCACACUACCGUCAUUACUGACAGUUCCUCAAUCAUCUUUGUUACUCCAUCAAUAAAGCGUGUCUUCCGCUGCAUUUGCCAGGGUGAAUUCUUUGGAGAGUUUUGCGAAGAGCAGAUCAAUCAGUGUGAUCCAGAUCCAUGUCUGAAUGGAGGUGUGUGCACCGACCUGAUUGGUGACUACCGCUGUUCGUGCCCCCUGGGCUACACUGGCAAGCAGUGCGGCACUAACAUCGAUGAUUGUGCGGACGGACCCUGUUUGAAUAACGGCGUCUGUGAGGACUUGGUGAAUGGCUACUCCUGCCACUGCACUGAAGGCUACAGUGGGAAAAACUGCCAGAAUGGUCCCUGUGCCUUGCAGCCCUGCCAGAAUGGAGGCACCUGUAUUGAGGAGGGCAGCAGCUUCAGAUGUGAGUGCCAGUACGGUGAAUCAGGUGACAUCUGUGAGAUCACCAGCAUUGGGUUCCAACAAGGCUCCUACAUGGAAUUUCCAGUGCUGUCCCCUGAACAGAACAUCAUAACCCUGCAUUUCACCACAGUCUUGCCCAAUGCACUCCUCAUCUACAACCAUGACGGAAAAUCCACUGCAGAUGCAGAAUUCCUGACCCUGGAGGUUGUGGCUGGCAAGGUACAGUUUUCUUACAACCUGGGAGAUGGUGUCACCGUGAUAACAACUGAAAAGAUGGUCGCUGAUGGACAGUGGCACAAGGUGGAAGCUAGACGUAUUGGCAAGGACGGAGAGUUAAUAGUUGAUGACUGUUCCAUGUUAUCCCCAGCUGGUACCUGCAGAGCCUCUGGUGGGACAGGAAGCCAAAUCGGUCUUGAUCUGAAUGGUGUGCCCAUGAGCCUGGGAGGCACGAUGUCCAUUGACACCAUCCUGCCCCGCGCCUGGCAAGUCUCCUCCGCCGACUUCCUCGGCUGCAUCCGGGAAGUCUCGGUCAACGGCAGUGCCCUGGAUCUCUCCGCUCCACUGGCUGAGCGGGGCACCGGCCAGGGUUGUGACCGAGACACUGAGACAUGCAGCAGCAGUCCCUGCAGUGGCAGCAGUGUGUGUGUGGACGAGUGGUGGAAUCAUUGGUGCAAAUGUGAGGAAGGCUUUACCGGAGCUAAUUGCGACAAAGUGCCCACGCCAUUUUCUUUUGGGGGUGGAAGCUACGUGGAGUACGUGGUCAAAGAGAGCUUCCGCCGACAGCAACUGUUGGAUGCAGCCAAAGAAAAUCCCAGUGGGAGGAGGCGGCGGCGUGAAACGCCACCAGGAUCACAGACCAUCUCCAUGUCCUUCAGGACUGGAUCACCAACCGGCUUGCUGCUGCUCGUGGAGUCUGGAGAUGACUUCACAACGCUCCGGGUCAUCAACAGCACUGUCCAGUAUCAUUUUGGCUCGUCUGGCCAAACCAAGGGCUCUGUCAGCCUUGCCAAGAAUGUUGCAAACUGGAAGUGGCACACCAUCAACCUGUACAGAGAGGGUGCCACAAUCACUCUAGAGAGUGGAGACCAGACAGAAUCUCAGCGGUUCAACCCAAUCCCGCAUGACUUCACGGCUCUGGAAGUAACUAGCAUGUCCCUCGGUGGCACAAAGACUCCUGUAGUGAUUGAUGGCACGGAUGUAACUGCCUUUUCUGGAUGCCUUGAGAACUUCAAAAUCAAUGGGGCAGCUCUUCCACUGGAUGGUGCCAAUGACAUGUUCGAAGCUGUACCAUCUGAGAACACUGGGGAGGGUUGUGAUGGAAUAGAUGUUUGCUCCCCCAACCCAUGCCUAGUUGACCAGAUCUGUAUGGUGGAUGGCGAUGGUUUCAGGUGUGAGUGCAAGGCAGGGUUCACCGGAGAGGAUUGCAAGAUACCAAGCACAGGUCCUCCUGAGAGCGACAACACACUGGUGAUUGUCCUCGUCAGUGUGUUUGCCUUUGUGGUCAUUGUGAUCAUAGUGGGCUGUCUCUUGCUGCUGCGGCGCUACCGCAACAAGGCUCGGAAGGCCAAGGAGAUUGCCACCGGCAACUCCAAGACCAACUUCUCCAUGGAUUCACUUGACAACCCUGGCUUCAGCGCUGACACCUUUGACAACCCGACCAUGAUUGGGUCACAGCACAACAAGACAGGCAACGGGGCAGAGCUCAUCAGCCAGCAACCGGACAUCAUCGAACAGAAUACCUUCAGUGGCAUGCCCGAGGAAUCCUUCAUCGUGGACUCUGACGAUGUCGUCAUUGGCGAAGAGGCAUCAGGUCGGGAUCAGGAAGCACCAGAGCACUAUGAUCUGGAAAAUGCCAGUAGUAUUGCCCCCUCGGACAUUGAGCCAGCCUAUCAUUACAGGUAUUACCAUGAUGGGCGAGAACGCAAACAAAAGCGCCAUGGGUACCGGUACUCUCCAAACCCUAUGCUGGCUCGGAUUGGCACUCCACCGUGCGAGAGCCCAGUGAGUCAGGUGUCCUCAAACCAUCUCAAUAUUACUCACAAUCCAAACCCCAACUCCCUGCAUGUACGCAGCAGCCCUAGUAAUGUGCAGCACAGUACUCCCAUGGAGAACAUUAGAGCUAGUCCAGCCAAUGCCUUAGCCCGACAAAGCCCAGGGCUGCAAGCCAUGCGCCAGAGCCCCUCCUUGCAGCUUCUUAAGAAUGAAAGUAGUCGCUCUGCAACACCACUGCGGCUCAGCAGGGCCAACACGCCAGUAAGGAAUGCUGCGAGCCCUAUAGGCUCUGAGCACAGCUAUAACCAGAGUGAACUGCGUAGCCAGGGACAUCGAAGUGACAUUAGUAGUCAUCUAAGUGGGCAGGGAGAUCAACCCGCACAUGUUGGGGCACACAGACCUCCCCGCCCUCCAAGCAGACUAAAAGAAACCUCUCCUGUCGAUGCCAGCAGGCCUCUGGGCUUGACUGUGGAAGAGGUCAAGAGACUCAACACAGCCCGGCCAGAUCUGAUGAGCGGCAGCCAUGCCAGCACGAUAGACAACCUGUCAUCAGUCAGCAGCAGCAAACGACAGCAGCAGCAGCAGCACCAGCAUCAUUCCAACCUCCCACCCCUACCACCAGAUCUCGAGCCCUCGCCACUGCUCGAACCGCCCGAGUCGACGUCCUCGGACGAGACUGCCGGCUCAUUCACCUGCUCCGAGGUUGAGUCGGACACCGAAAAACUGAAAUCUAGGAAGCUAGAUCCAGGGAGGCUCUUCCUCUCAGGUCUCUCACAGAUGGACGACGAGGAAGGAGAUGAACCUGAAACGUACGAACAGUUUAGUGCACCCUUCCAAUCCAAGGAAGGACUAGACUCUGUCGGGGGUUCCCUCAGCACCCUCUUUGCCUCAGAGGAUGAGCAUGUGGACCCCAAAAAGACCAAUGGACAAUUCAGCUGGGACCAAUUCCUCAACUGGGGUCCACGGUUUGAGACCUUAGAGGGUGUCUUUGUAGAUAUUGCACUGCUCCAAGACAGAGCUGCUUCUCGUCCUCCUAAGAAGGUUUAUCUGGAACAAACGGCUGAAGAAUUUGUAUGAACGAUAGUACUUGUGCAUAAUAUAUUUUUAUUGAUAAAUUUUGUAUCAAAGGGUUAUUCCUUGGCAUAUUUAUGAACAAUGCUUCCUUUUGAGAAAUGUAAUUGUUUUUAUGGUGUACUCACAUGAAUGAUUAGAACAAACCUGAUGAAAUGGGAAAGUAAAACUUACUGGCAUAUUUCUAAUUGUAUGACGUUUUAGUAAAUGUUGCAAACAGUUUGCCCACAUUCAAUCACUGGGUGGCAAAUUGAAAUUUGAAUUUUAUUGCAUUUCGAAACCAUUUUAAACCAUUUUAACAGUGAUUGAUUCAAAGUAGCUAAUUUCAUAACCGUUACAGAUCAGAUCAAACUGCAGCUAAUUCUGAGUGUAAUAAAUUAAGAACAUAUCUGUAGUGUCUCAUGUGUAAAUAAUAUUAUUUGGCCAUAUUUUGAAAUGUUGUGAAUAAAAUGUCACUUGCAUUUCAUACUUUUGUCAUUCCUGCAAUAUAUUUGCUGGACUAUUUUAACAGCAUUGUCUGUGUACAUAAUCUAUUUUGUAUAGUUCACACUUUCCCCGCUAGUCUUUGUAUACCAUGCCAAUACUUUUAAUUAUGCGGAGUCAUUGCUCUAAGUCAUUCAUUUUGUGUUUUUCUAUUCAUUGAAUACAUGUGAGAAUAUUUUUAAACAUUGGGAAUUUGUAAGAAAGGAUUACAGUGUUUUUUUCAUGUUAUGAGAAUGUCUCAUUUAGUCAACCAAAUGAACCUGGUCUGUUCGGAGAGAGGAAGUGUUUAGUGAAUCACAUGAAAUCUAGAAAAUAAUCAUUAAUUUGGUUCAUUUUUCAAAUGGCUCGGGGUAAAGAGAUUGCAUGUAUUAAGGUUCUCAGUGUACCUCACUUGGACUUGAAUGUAACAGUUGACAAAAACAGUGGAAUUCAAUUGAUGGACCUUUAAAAUUGUGCAUAAUUGUUUGUUUACAUGGGAGCAAGGAUGCAUUUGAUACCCUUCCAGAUAGUGGUUUAUACAAUUAAGAAUAAAUUAAUGUGGAAGAAAAUUGUUUGUUGUCUGUUGUUUAAUUUUAAUGUGUUUCCAUGUGUUGCCUCUUUAAAUCUAUCAAUUUUGUUGGCAACAGUGUUCAGUUGUAAGAGUUUUGUCAAAUACAAACCGAGAUCUAGAAAUUUUAACAAAUGGUACUUUCAAUUUUGGGGGACAUUGUGAAAUGAUAGAUUUAUCACAAUGGGAUGACCAAAAUAUUGUCAAGAUAUAAAACAUAUAAAAGAAAACAUUCUUUUCAUCGUUUGGCUUCUUUUAAUAGCCCGACUUACCAAACACAGAUGUCACAAUCUGAUGGGGUUCGUUUCAUAUUGUGUUUGACUUCGACUAUUAGGCCUGUUCAUUUGCACGAAAUAGUCUGCUGUCUCUUCGUGAUAAUUCACACCCAACGUGCUGGGGUGUAUUUUAGCAGAAGCUACCAUCUCGGACCAGCAAAUUUCUGCUUUUGACUAAAUAGAACAACACAAACUUUCGAGACAAACCAGCGUGGCAAUACAAGAAUUAAACAAUAGGCAAAAUCAAGCACCAAGAGGCAAACAAAAACUCCUCAUGCGUAACAAUGUGGGGGAAUUCUGGGCAGUAGUAACUGGGAUUGAGAUUUUAUGAAGACUUGUAAUUCAGUGAAAAAUAAAAAAAAAAUGCACGAACAGGAACUUUUACAUAUAUGUAUGGUUUGUGACAUGAAAAAGUCAAGCGCGUUAAAUAUAAGGUUCUAGAAUAUUAUGGAAGUACAACAAAAAAGAUAGAGAAUUUCAGGCUGUAAAUAGCGGUUUGUUUAGUGUCAAUUUGCAUCGAGGCUCCCAGUUAAAUUGCUUUGCUACACGGGCUCUAAAAUCGAGGAAGAAUGAACUCUG